AUGCGCUCCAUAGCUAUCCUGGUUGCAUGGCUGACUGCCGCCGCAGCACCAGUCUCUACUCUGCAGAUCCCAGAGCUUCUGCGCCGUCAAAACACACCAUCGACUCCGCCGGCCAGCCCGCAGGGCAAGAUAAUCCCCGUCACCGUCGGCUCGACCACCAGGGAGAAGUCGCUUCGGUUCUAUCCUGACAAUGUCAAAGCCGCCAUUGGCGACACCAUCCAGUUUCAGUUCUGGCCAAACAACCAUACAGUUACGCAGGCAGUCGGCCCAGAGAAUCCUUGCCGCCCGAUAGAGGCCGUGAAUGGUGCAGCACCUCCCGUAAACAGCGGUUUCAUCCCCGGCUCGACAGACGGCGCCCCUGUGGGCACCUUUAGCAUGCAAGUCAAGUCGAGGGAUCCGAUAUACCUGUACUGCGCGAGAGACCCUCACUGUGCCCUGGGCAUGGUCUUAAUCGUCAACCCCAAGAAAGAUGAGGACGUCGAAGUAUACCGCAAGGCAGCCAUGGCGAAGAAUGAAACGAUAUACGGCAACAUCCCCAUCGCGGGAGGUCAGGUCGGGUCCAUCCCGAACAAUCAGGCUGUCCCCCCUCCUAGCUAA